AAAAAAAAAGUUUUCUACUACUUCAUCGCUUCGGUUUGUUGCUUCUCUCUCGCGACUCCCGUCCCGUCCGCCUCGCAAAACCCUAGCCCACAGUCUACUCCCAUGGCGACGCCGGCGGUGGCCGCCGCCGACGCGGCCAGCCCGCAGCCCGAAGAGCCUCCUCGGGAUGAGGCAGCUGCCCCAGUGGCGGAAUCAGAGGAGGCGCCCGGCCCUGGCGCCGUAGCGGCGGCAGCACCGGCGGCAGCUGGGGAUGCCCCCUCCGCCCCCGCUCCCGCUCCUACCUCCACCUCGAGUCCCGCGUUGCCACCUCCUCCGGCUUCCCCUACGUCGGCUGCCGCUCCAGGGCCGCCGCGGCCGCAGUUCGCCGCCUCGCCGGCGUUCAUGACGCCCCCGGCGUCGUCCCCGUCGCCCGCCUUCUCUUACAACGUUCUGCCCAGGGCGCCGCCCCCGCGCCCGGUGGGCAGCGGCGCGGCCCACCAGCAGGUAGCUUCCUCCCCGGCUCCGAUGGCUCCUCCAAUGCCUCCAGCAGCUCUUCAGCCACCAGCCCCACGACCGUAUUUUGGGAACAGGCCGUCUUUCUCAUAUAAUGUAGCCUCACAUGCCAAUGCUAGCCUGCCUACUGGUCAGCAGUUUCAACUUGACACUGGCAUGAACCAUUCUGUCCAAGUUCCUAUGUUUGCUCGGCCAGCAUCCUUGCAGCCUCCAGCUCCUGGGCAAUUACCUCGCCCAAAUGGACCAUUCCCAGGAGCUAUGGCACCAAAUCCUCUGGGAUCUAUUCGGUUGCCAUUUCCAGUGCCACCCAGUACUUCCAAUAUUCAUUAUGGAGCCAACCCACAACAGGGUAACCCAGAUGUUAGUGCUUCGAAGUCAGAUGUCCCAAGUGCCCCAGAGGCAAGUCCCCAUACCAUGCAGUCACUGCCACCCCGCCCUGAGGUUUUUGGGACUGUUGAGGGUUCUGCACCUGGACAAAGUUCUUCAAACUUGUCAACUCCACCAAGCCUCCUUGGGAGGCCUACAACCCCAUCUGCUCCUUCUUUGCCUCAAACAUCACCAUCAGGUGCUGUUCCACGGACUGCUCAGCAACAGUUUUAUCCAUCCCAUCCUUCAGCACCUGGUAUUAUUCCACCUCAACCUUUAUGGGGAUAUCCUACACAACCUACUAGUUUUCAGCAGGCUCCUUUCUAUUCAUAUCCACCGGGACCUCUUGGACCUCUUGGUAGACCAAUGAUUGGAACUUCUGCUGUGACUACAUCCUUGACCAACAUUCAACCACCUGGCAUUACAACUGGUGGAGAUCCCAAGGAACCACCGUCAACAAAUCCAGGAUCUGUGCAGCCCAUUCAUAGUUCAGUUGAACCCCAUCCAACAGGGCUGGAGCACAAAAGUACUACUGGUAUUCAAGAUUCUGAUGCGUGGUCUGCCCACAAAACAGAAGCGGGUGUUUUAUAUUAUUACAAUGCAUUGACAGGAGAAUCAACUUAUCAAAGACCACCUGGUUAUAAGGGGGAGCUCGAGAAGGUUGCAGCUCAACCAAUUCCAGCUUCUUGGGACAAAAUUUCUGGCACAGACUGGAGUAUAGUAACUACAAGUGAUGGAAAGAAAUACUACUAUGACAAUAAACAAAAGAUAAGCAGCUGGCAACUUCCGCCAGAGGUGGCUGAGCUCAACAAGAAUGCUGAUUCUGGUAGCUUGAAAGGAAGUUCAACUUCACUGCAGGAGGCUGGCACAAUAGGAAAUAAGGGAGAAAUAAGUGGUGAAAUAAGUACUCCUGCCAUACAGACAGGUGGCCGUGAUUCGUUGCCACUUCGGCAAACAGUUGUCCCUGCAUCGCCUUCUGCUUUGGAUUUAAUAAAGAAGAAAUUGCAGGACGCUGGUGCUUUCAGUGUGUCCUCUCCUCUUGCUACUCCUUCAUCUACUGCAUCUGAGUUGAAUGGAUCUAAACCAGCUGAGGGUGCACCUAAGGGACAGCAAGGCUCAAAUAACGGUGAGAAAUCAAAGGAUAACAGUGGCAAUGAAAAUAUUUCAGAUUCCUCUUCAGAUUCAGAUGACGAGGAACAUGGACCAAGUAAAGAUGACUGUAUUCGUGAGUUUAAGGAGAUGCUAAAGGAACGAGGAGUAGCACCGUUUUCAAAGUGGGAGAAGGAACUACCAAAACUAGUGUUUGAUGCACGCUUUAAGGCUAUUCCUAGCCACUCAACAAGAAGGGCUAUAUUUGACCACUUUGUUCGAACACGUGCUGAUGAGGAACGGAAAGAGAAGAGAGCUGCUCAGAAGGCUGCUGUGGAGGCAUUUAAACAUCUACUAGAAGAAGCAUCUGAGGACAUUGAUCCCAAAAUGGGCUACCAGGAAUUUGAAAGAAAAAGGGGUACUGACCCAAGAUUUGAAGCCUUGGAUCGAAAAGAAAGGGAGGCUCUUUUCAAGGAGAAGGUGAGGGCUAUUGAAGAGAAAUUUCAAUCAGCACGGAAUGCUGUCAUAACUGACUUCAAAUCAAUGCUUCGAGAAUGUAAAGAUAUUAUUUCGACUAGCCGUUGGACCAAAGUGAAAGAAAAAUUCCGGAGUGAUCCAAGGUAUAAAGCCGUAAAGCAUGAAGAGAGAGAAAAUGCUUUCAAUGAAUACAUAGCAGAACUUAAAUCCGCUGAACGGGAAGUGGAGCAAGCUGCAAAGGCCAAAGUGGAUGAACAAGCCAAGUUAAGGGAGAGGGAACGCGAAACUCGCAAAAGGAAAGAAAGAGAAGAGCAGGAAAUGGAGAGAGUAAAAUUGAAGAUCCGAAGAAAAGACGCCGAGUCUUCAUAUCAGGCUUUACUUGUUGAAAUUAUAAAAGACCCGAAGGCAUCAUGGACAGAAUCCAAGCCAAAACUUGAAAAGGACCCACAAGGUCGUGCUUUAAAUCCUGACUUAGGCCAAGGUGAUGCUGAGAAGUUAUUCCGUGAUCAUGUCAAGGACUUGUAUGAGCGUUGUGUCCGUGACUUCCGGGCACUUCUAUCUGAGGCCAUUACCCCAGAGAUAGCAACCCGGACGACAGAUGAAGGAAAGACUGCAGUUAGCUCUUGGAGCGAAGCAAAAGGCCUUUUGAGAUCUGACCCAAGAUACAAUAAAGUGGCGAGCAAAGACCGUGAGUCUAUUUGGCGACGGUAUGUGGAUGAUAUGGCAAGAAAACUUAAAAAGUCAGAUACAGAGAAACCAGAUACCGAUGCGAGACAGCAACAUAGGUCCUCUGAUCCGUCAAGGCGGAGGUAACUUAUAGUAGAAAUUGUCCACCUGUACUUCCCUAGUUAUUAUUCUUCUCGGGAUAUUCAGGGCCCAGUCUGUCCUUUACCUUUAGGCAUCUCUAUGUAACAACAAAUGACUUGUAUUAUCAUCACCAGUUUUGAUACCAUGAGUGUACUUUUUUUUU